CCGUAGAUAAUUGGCUAAAAUCGUCCUUUUCCUAUCCUCCCUUCUCCUCUUAUCUACAAGAAUCAAAGAACAUCCAAAACAGCUCGAGAGAAAACAUACUCGAGCAACAAUGGCUUCCUUACAUUCUCUCCCCACAUGCUCUCUCAUGGUCUCUAAUCGCCCGGUCUCUGAAAUCCGCUCCCCAUCCCCCAAUUUUCUCCGCCCCUUGAAAUCGAGUGGUCUCUCCAAAGCCCCGCCGCUGAGGAGGCGGGCGAGCUUCCGGAUAGCGGUUUCCGACGUGGCAGAGGAGUUCGAUUUCUCGCUAUUCGAUAUCGAUUUAGAAGAUGUCGACGAUUUCGACGAUGAUGAGCUGGAUGUUCCCGACUGGGGAUUUCCGACGAUGGAGGAUGCGGAGGAGCCGGAGUGCCCGCCGGGACUCAGGAAGUACGAGACCAUGAUGGUGCUGAGGCCAGAUAUGUCCGAGGACGAGCGGCUUGCCUUGACCCAGAAGUAUGAAGAGUUGCUGGUGGCUGGUGGUGGAAUGUACGUGGAGGUUUUCAACAGAGGCAUAAUCCCGCUGGCCUACGACAUCAUGAGGAAAAAUAAGGAUGGCGAAACAAACACUUACAUGGAUGGUAUUUACCUUCUCUUCAAAUAUUUCACCAAGCCCGAGUCCAUUUCCAUUCUGAAAGAGACUGCGCAAGCCGAUGAUAAUGUUCUUAGAUCAUCUACUUCCAAGGUACGAAAGAGGAAAUUGUUCUAAGGAUUGUAUAUUGUGUUUCUUUUGGGCCUUCGAAUCAAGGUGUUCCAUGCUUUGUAGAACUAGAUUUUGUGCUUCUUUUGUUUUCCAUUUGAAUUGGGUAAAUUUCGACAAAGCUUGGUUUAGAGGUAAAAUGAGGUCGAAAGGUAAUGAGAGUGUGAGUAAGCCGACGUGCAUGUGUUCGUCAUGCUUUUGUUGUAAUUUUAUGGAUCGCGUAUUUCUUUUUUCUUUUUCGAUAUGACAUUAACAUUGAUUAAUUCUACCUACACUUGCAAAGACUUCGAGUUUGAGGUUGUAAUUGCUUGGCCUUUGUUUCAAAGUACAUAUGAGAUGAAAAUGUAAUGUUGAUGAUUGAUGUCAUUAACUUCUAGUGAU